AUGGCCAGUCCUACCACCCACCUGCGACAGUUGGUCAAUCUCAUCUCGGAGAGCGUUGACAAAAUCGAGCAGGCUUACAAUGCUCGCUCCGAGCCUCUGCCGUCUCUGGAAAGCACUGACCCGAGACUGCCAGAGGUCGCUUUCGAGCCCGACGUGCUCAAGGCGACCGCCGCACUUACAGCGGCAUGUACGCAGCUCCAGCAUACAGUCCAGCCUCAGACAACCCAAAUCUUCCACUCUGCGAGCGCGCACCAUCUAUCUGCAUGCCUGAAUGUGGCCAUACGGACACAUGCUGCGGAAGCUCUGCGGUCAGCAGGUGACAAGGGGCUUCACGUCCGGGAUAUCGCAAAGUUUAGCCCUAUACAGCCGGAGAAACUAGCCCGCUGCCUUCGUAUGCUUGCCUCGCAUUAUAUUUUCCGUGAGGUGGCUCCGGAUGUCUUUGCCAACAAUAGGCUCAGUGUUCAGAUUGACACGGGGAAGGAUGCCGAAAUACUUCGAUCCCAAGAUCUAAAGGCCGUUCCCUCCUGUGCACAUGCCCCGCCUCUAACUUUUGGCUUUUCUCCUUGCAGCACCGAAUUCCAGUUUAACAUUGCAGCCAAGCUACCGGAGACAAUAUUGGACCCACACACGGCUGACUCCACUUCAGUAGACAACGCUGCUGUCACCCGUGUCACUGGACAGAAGCUCGGCAUGUUCGAUUGGCUCAUGCAGCCGGAACAGUCCAAGUAUCGAUCCAUCUUCAACAAUGCCAUGGUCGGAGUGGAGAUGUACAAUGUACCUGAAUUUAUUCUGCACGAGGAUAUUGGAUGGAAGAAUCUACCGGCGGGAAGCGUCGUUGUCGACGUAGCCGCCGGCGUUGGGACCCACAGCCUCAUCGUCGCUAGAGCUCAUCCCCAUUUGCGUGUCAUAGUGGAAGACCUCCCGGCUACUAUUGAGCAGGCAAAGGAUUACUGGAAGACGAAUUUACCUGAAGCUGUCUCUAGUGGCAGGGUAGAAUUCCAAUCCUACGAUUUCUUCCAACCGAAUGCCGUUAACGGUGCCGCAGUGUACUUCUGUCGUCAAACUAUCCACAACUGGCCAGAUAAAGAAGCCGUUCAAAUACUGAAACAAAUGGCAGAGGCAGCGGACGAGAGCAGCCGCAUCGUGAUUAUAGGCCAUGUCAUGCUCCCCGCAUGCCGUGAACAGUCUUCCUCGUGGUCAUUCGAGCCCGCGCCAGAGCCCUUGCUCGCGAACUAUGGGAUGGCGAGCAGGACAGCCUACGUCACAGAUAUAAUCAUGAUGGGGACCUUCAAUGCCGUGAGUAGCAUAUCGUAUCCCCCACCCCGUGCCAAUCACAUAUCGCUUGUCUCUAGCAACAACGGUCGGGCGCUCAGUACGCCGAGCUCAUGA